CGUACAUAAAUCUAUUAGAAUGGUCGCAACCAAAGAACAUUGUUUCUAUUGCUUUGAUGUCCUGCUGGCCCACCUUCGCCGUGAACCAACACCUGCACCAAGAUUCCACAAUGAAGCUUUUCCUUUGUUCGUAACAUGGAACAUGAUUAAAUAUGGUGAAAAGGAGCUGCGGGGCUGUAUCGGUAGCUUUAGACCCUUGCCUCUUAUCCAAGGACUCAAGCAGUUUGCACUCAACAGUGCUUUAGAAGAUUCUCGAUUUCCUCCAAUCAAUUUGGCGGAGACUCCUUAUCUUUCAUGCGCUGUCUCUCUCUUGAUUAAUUUUGAAGAAGCUGAUAAUUAUCUUGACUGGGAGAUUGGCAAGCAUGGGAUCUGGAUUGAAUUCAAAAACACAGAUGGCAAGAAAAACACAGCCACUUAUUUACCAGAGGUCAUGCCAGAGCAAGGGUGGACAAAGGAAGAGACGAUUCAAUCUCUAUUGCGAAAAGGUGCAUUCCGAGGACCAAUUACUCCAGAAGUUUGUCAAAGCAUCAAGUUGACACGCUAUCAGUCCUCCAAAAUGGAAGUCACUCGUCAAGAAUACGAUCAAGCCAGAGGCCUUUAAAAAAUCGUAUAAAUAAAUACACUUGUGCAUUAAACCUUU